GUGAGUCAGACCACGUUGGGACGGAGAGGAUAUGCUUCAACUUCCAGCAGCACAAACUUGUUUGAUGGAUGGAAGGGAUGGGAUGGAAGGGAAGGUAGCAGAGAAUAUGUGUGACUGUGAAUACAGAUGCAUAUGUAUGAAUAUAAGACGAACGGUUUGUUGAAUAGCUUCAGUUGGUGCAAUUGUAGGUUUCUGUAGAUCACUUGUUACUGUAUCAGCUAAUGGAGUUUAAAGUUAAAAAAGUACCCCUUUUACAGCCUGGAGGCGUAUGGAAUGGGUAUGCUAUGUUGUCGAUAUAUUAUGUGGCUGUGGGUGCUGGUGACUACUGCAGGAGAAUGGAGAAAUGAGGGCAGUAGGAGGAGGGAUUGGAUUCAUAUACAUUGUAGUGUUUAUAGGUGUGAUAUGGGGAUCUAUUCAAUGAUCAUAUCGGCAUGUUGUGGGUGUGGUUGUUGGUGAUUAGUACUGAAGUGAGGAUGAAUGACGGCACAACAUGAUGUACUGGAAUGAAUUGGGAUUGAUUUUUAGUCUGCAAGAUUGUAAAUUGUGAACAGAGCAAAGGGGAUAUAGUUUGGGUGUGUGCAUUGAGGGAUAUUCAAUGAGCAUGGGAUGCUGUGGAUAUAAGAUGUGGGUGUGGUUGUUGAGGCUGGCUUAGGAAGUAGAGAAAUGAUGGCGACAGUAUCAUUAUGGUUGGGAUCGAUUUGCUCUGCAAUACUGUAAUUUGUUAAAAGAAGUGACGAGGCAUGGUUUUUGGAGGUGAAGAUGGGAGUGCGCACACCAUGCUGAAGAUACAAGAUGUGGUUGUAGUUUUAGAGGUCAGUAGAGGAGGAAGAGCACCAAUGGCGGCAUUGUUAUGAUUGUUUGGCUUAUUCUGCAAGUUUGUAAUUUAAUUAGGUUUUGUGUUUAGUGUGGAGAUGCGGCGUUGUGGUUGUAUGUUCAAUAACUGUAUCAUUUUGUGGAUAUAAGAUGUGGGUAUGCUUGUUUGCGAAUGGUACAUCAGUAUUAGGAUCGAUGGUGGCACUAUCGUGACGUUAUGGAUAAUAUUGGAUUGGAUUGGGAUUGAUUUGUCUUGCAAGGUUACAAAUUUUGAAUGAAGUGAGUGAGUAGGUUUUAGUAUAGUGUGAAGAUGGGGGGGUGUGUGUCGUCCAAGGUGGAUAAUGAAGAAAUAGUGUCAAGAUGCAAGGAGAGGAGGAGAUUAAUGAAGCAUGCUGUGAAUUCAAGGCACCAAUUUGCAGCUGCUCACAGUGCCUACCUCAGGGCCUUAAGACACACUGGAAAUGCUCUCAGGCAAUUUGCAGAGGGAGAAUCCAUGGUGAUGAACUUGGGAAAUGAUAACCAUGUGAUUGAGGAAACUAUAAUACACAAAACUCCAUCAGUGGUAUCUCGGUCUCAGUCCAAGCGCCACAUGAAAUUUCAACCACCUCCACCGCCGCCACCAUUGGAGAGCAGUCCUUCUGCUAGCCCCAGUGUAGCGAGCUCUCGUAUGUCAUCCAGGCACAUUCCCCACAUUAUAUCUUCUUCUGAAUAUGGGUCACCUAAGCCCCCACCCCCACCUCCACCGAUCCAUCAUGGAGAUCGGACCUCAGAUGACUUGUGGGCAAAUACCCCUUCCUCUUGCCACGGCUCUUCUUUGUGGAAUGCUUGGGAGCCCUUCUAUACUUCCGAAUCUCCUCAGAUCCACCACCAUGAAUAUAAAAAACCAAAGCAGGAGGCUGAUCAGAUGUCUGAGGACAGAAAUGCAGAAAUGGAUGACGUUGACACCACUGAUUAUGAGGAGGACGAGGAGGAACCACAUUUGGAGAGUGCCAGCAGAGCAGCGCCAGCAGCAGGGAAGUCUACUGGACUGGAUUAUGCAGAUGAUGUCUCUUCGGUUACCAGCUGGUACACAAAGGACAUUGAAAUGCCGAUGGUAGUUGCUAAAAGACAGGAUUUUGGAGAUAUUGUCAAGGAUCUCGAUGACUAUUUUAUCAAGGCCUCUGAUGGUGGAAAGGAGGUUUCAAAGAUUCUGGAGACUCGUAGGGCUCACAACGAAUUUGAGACCAAGAAGAACCUCUACCACUCCUCCAAUGUAUUUAAUUCUCUGCCGUGGACAUGGGCUUCAAAGACGCCUCUUGCCAUCAGAUAUACUCUGGAACCCAGUAUCUUUGAUACAUCUGGAACACAUGGGAGCCAUUGCUCCACAUUGGAGAGUCUUCUUGCAUGGGAGAAGAAGCUUUAUCAGGAAGUCAGGAAUGGAGAGGCUAGAAAGAUUGAGCAGGAGAAGAAAUUGGCAGUAUUGCAGAGUCAGGAAAUCAAAGGAGAAAAUGUGAUUAAGAUAGAUAAGACCAAAGCAUCCAUCAAGAGACUGCAGUCUUUGAUAAUGGUUGCAAACCAGGCAAUGAAUACGACUUCAACAGCCAUUGUAAAAUUGAGAGAAAGCGAAUUGUACCCGCAACUUGCAGAAUUAUCAAAAGGGCUAAUGGAUAUGUGGAGAUCCAUGAAUGAAUGCCAUCAGUAUCAAAGCCUAAUUGUGCAACAGGUAAAGAACCUUGAGAUGAAAGAAAGCAGAGAGCCUACAAGUGACAAUCACCGGCAAGCAACACUUCAAUUGGAAACAGAAGUUACACAAUGGCACAGCAGUUUCUGUAGCUUGAUUCAGAGUCAAAGGGACUAUAUUCGUGCUCUCCGUGGAUGGGUACGGCUCAGCCUCCUUCAGCUUGGGAAUGAAGUAGAAAGGGAACAUGGAAACCGUCCACCCAUUUAUGCUCUCUGUGAGGAAUGGCAGCAAGUACUUGCAAAAUUACCAGACAAGGUUGCUUCUGAGGCCAUUAAAAGCUUUCGCUCAAUUGUUCAUGCUAUAGUGAUGAAGCAAGAAGAAGAGCAAAAACAAAAGAAGAAAACAGAAAACCUGUCGAAGGAGCUCGACAAGAAAAUUACUGCCCUGCGUAAUAUAGAACAGAAAUACUAUAAUUCAUAUUCUCUACCUGCUAAGAGAGAUUUGAUAUCAGAUUCUGGAUAUGAAAUGGAGACAAUCGAUCCAUUGAAGGAAAAAAGAGAUGAAAUUGAUGCAUUUAGGAGGAGACUGGAAAAUGAAGUGUCAGACUAUUCAAAAUCUAUUCAAAUCACAAGGGCAAUGACCUUAAAUAAUAUACAAACGGGCCUUCCAGGUGUAUUCCAAGCAAUGCUUGGGUUUUCUGGUGUCUGCAUGCAGACCUUUCAGGCAGUAUAUAACCAGACUCUGUCUUUGAAUGACCAUUCUUCUGUACGAUGUUAAAUUAGUUUCAUUAUAUUUUUGCAUAAUACAUUAGAAGAAGCCAUUCAUGAUAGAAAUAAGGUUUGGCCUGCUUCUAGUCACCAAGGCUUUAAUUUGGCUCACAAUAGGUGAUGAUCAAUUUUGAUCUAUAUCUUUUAAUCAACAGUGCUUAUCCUAGGUGCACUUCAAACUACGAGUGCUCUUGAUGUAGAUAUUAUUUCUACCUGUAGAUAUUAUAUGUACAGGUUGCUUAACUUAAUAAUAUUUGUGUUCGUAGUCCUUGUGAUAUUAUUUUUCA